AUGAAGUGCCAGUGGCCUAAUUCUGGUUCUGGACGUCCAGAAAAGGCAUGUUCAAGAUGUUUACGAAUGAAGCUUGACUGUCAAGUACCAGAAGUCACACAACGAAGGAAGCGAGGCAAGUCAACAAGAGUUGCGCAGUUGGAGAAAAAGAUUGACGGUAUCGUCUCUCUACUCGCGGCAAACCAGCGUCAUAACCUCUCCCCUCUAACCCCCGAAAGCCCCAAAGAACAAAACCAACCUCAAUCUCAAUCUAUGGCGUCGCUUUCAGUAAGCCCAAGGUCAUUAGAUAUGAUCCCUUCUGGAUCCGAUGUUCCUCCCAACUUCGCUGCCAAUGUCGAACUCUUUCCAGGCUUUCGCAUCACGCAUGCACAAGCCUCGGAGCGAUUGGCCCUCUACAAAAGGGACUACGUGCCGCAUUUUCCCUUUGUCCCUUUGUCGGGUCAUAUGACUUCGCAUGAGCUGUACAUAGAGUCAAGCCUGUUGUUCUGGACCAUAUUGGCGGUUGUAUCCCCGUUGGAGGACAAGGUGCAGAUGGAGUUCAAGGCGUGGUUCCGAAAGUAUCUGGCAGAACACGUUAUCGUGAGACAGGAAAAGUCUGUGGAUAUACUACAGGCUAUCCUGAUAUACCUUGGAUGGAACGACUUUCACUUCUACGGAGAGCUCCAAGUAACGAAUAUCGUCCAGAUUGCUAUCGGCCUGGUCAUUGAUCUGAGGUUAGACAAGUUUGCUGGGUCAUUUCUGGGCGGACCAAAGACUAUGCUCGGAGACGCGUGGACGACCAUGGGCAAGUCUUGCUUGAAAGGAAAAGUCUACCAGUCAUUAGCCGAUAAACGUGCUGUAUUGGGCGUCUACCACAUCACAAAUUUACUUAACUCAAACUUCAGAAAGAGCACGCUCUUGAACUGGAGCACACACCUAUCACAAUGCUGUGACAGUCUUGUCGAGGGCAACGAGUUCGAGUCGGAUGCAUAUCUCGUUUCGCUAGUUCGUAUGCAGCACAUGGCCGAUCGUGGGUAUAGCAUCAUACCAGCUAUUGAUCUUAUGGAUCCCACACCAAGAACCUUCAACGCCGUUACAGCAAUGGCUCUUGAUAAUGUCCAUCGCGAACUGGACAAGUUCUUUGAAGCGCAACCGGACACUGUAAAGCAAACGCCUGGCUUCAAAGCUCACUACGAUUCUCUGAUCGUUCGUCUCUACGAACCUGUCCUUACCAUGAAAUCCCCCGACCUCUUAACAACAGAUGCACCACUCAACGAACCCUUUCUACGCGCCGAAUAUAUUUGGAAGUGUCUCGAAGCCGUCCGCGGCGCACUAGAGCACCACACUGGCGUCCCCGCCUCGAUAUAUUCCAUUCUACCCUGCACAGUAACAUGUGUCCUCGCCUUUGUCACCGUCACAGCAUCCCGCCUCAUCUUUGCCGAAGCUUCUCCCGACUGGGAUGUCAAAGCUGCGCGUCUACGUCUACAGUUCCAAAACGUUCUCCAAAAACUAAGCGAUCAGUUCGCACAAGCAGACGAAGAAGCGGCAAGACUCAACCGACGCCGAAGAGUGAUGGAAGACGGGAGCAGCGUGUUUCUCAAGUCGAGUUUCAAGGUCAGAUGGAUUCGGCAGUGGUAUAUGUCCAAGAUUCCGCAGGAUGAGCAGCGCGAAAUUGAACAGGCGCAGGCUGCUCUAGAGCCGUCGACGGUGCUGCAGAGUAAUCCCAAUUGGGCGGCGGAUUUCCAGUUUGAUGAUGAUUUUUGGGCAGAUUUGAUGGCUGGAUAUGAUGUUGAGUCUUUGGAAAAGUCUCUGAGUUCGGUUACAGCUGUUCAGUGA